CUCGUAAGUUCAUAACUGAAACCAAAAGUCUCAUAUGCGUUAUCAGCUUUCAACGCACCACACUGACUUUUAGAGGCUGAAUCAGGUUGAGAGCAGACUUGAGUGAAACCAUGCAGAGAGAGACUCUGACGAUCAUUCUCCUUUUACUCUGUGCUGGGCUUCCAGGUGACUGUGGAGUAAUAGAGUUUCCCGUACUCCAUUCUGAUAUAACCGGCUGUAUGAAAAUGACAUGUGCCAGGAGAAUCAAUGCCUGUGUGGACACACAUGGACAGGCCCCCACAGAACAGCUCAAAGGUUGUGUUGUCCACAAAUGUAGGAAAAUCACCAACCGCUGUGUAGAUCAGUUCUUACAACAGUACCUACCCCUGUUAUUGGCACAAAAUCCAAAAGUUGCCUCAAUUGUCGAACCAAAUGCUGAGCUUUUCAUGGCUGAAAUGACAGAUGCUUAUCUUGAAUGCUGGCUUAGGAUGACAGACUCCGAAGUCGGAGGUUGUUUUAUGGGCAGACUCAUUGAUAAGGCACAGCCGUUCAUUACCCCGUUGUUUGCAAUGAUCUUUGAUGAUCCAGUUGCUGUGAGCUGUUGGCUCUACCAUGCUUUGAAAGGAAUGGUAAGCUGCUAUGGUCAGCUAGAUGACAACUACAUCAAGGAACUGAAAAUAAGGGCAGAGAGAGAGAUGAAAGACAAUAUGUUACGUUAUAUGACAUGCAUGAGCAAACCUAUGAAAAACUGGAACUGGUGUAAAGGACUCUUUGAUGAUCUUCUUGCUUCAUCACCAAAGAGUAAACGACAGUACAAAGACUUCCUCAUCUGUUCAAUCCACAGUGGGAUUACUGCAACAGCGAAAUGCUAAAACUUGUUUUACGAGGGGACGGUUAUGCAUUUGCAGGUUUCCAAAGCAAAAGGUGACCAGUAGAAACAUGACCAAAAAAAAUAAUGAAUAACAUAUUUUGAAUGAAUCAUCCACAAACACAAGAGUUUGAUUAUACCUUGAAAAUCAUUAUUUUGUUUUAUCUUUAACAUUUUGAAACGAUUAUAUGUAAAGCACUAAUACUGUCUUUUAUUACAUAGACAAUGAAUAAACAUAUAAAUCACAAUUAAAUGUUCAACUUUGGAUACAAAACACA